UGUUUCUGAAGAGUAGACGAGAUGUUUCUUGUGAAAAUGGUCUUCUUCUCCUCUCUGGCCCUCAUUAGCUGGCCCAGAUGAUUGCAUGACAAGCUCACUGUGGAAAGCUCUGACACGUCCUGCACGCUUUUUCUGUGGAAGGAGUCACUCUUGAACCUUGUUAAGUUUAAGGACUUUCUAAGAAGUAAGCGUUUGUUGCCAGGAAUAAAUGAUCACCUCAGCAAGACGAAUCACCUCAGACAAACCUGAAGUUCAAAUCUCCUUCAGCCUUGAUGAGUCCUCAGAGCUGACCGAUGCAGAGGAUCAAUUUCCAUCUUUCCCUGACCUUGAGCAACGCCUGCAGCCAGUGUUGCCAUGUCAGUCUCUAAAGGAGUCUGUCCAAGUCUACAGAGACCAUUGCAGAAUGGCAAAAGAGUUUCACCAGGUUAAAACAGAAAUCGCUCUGCUGGAAGACAGAAAAAGGGAGCUGAUAGCUGACCUGGCUGAGGACGAGAAGGUGACAUUGGAGAUUGCUCGACUGGAGGAAGAGUUCCGCCUUUUGACGGAGGAGAACCGUACUCUCGUCACCAUGUACACGGAGCGCACUCAGCAGCUUGCAAAUUUACGCAUAGUCAAUCAGAAGAGGCAGGGUUCCUCAUGACCCUUUGCCUUUUGUGCAGUGGUCAGAAUGAAUGUGUUUCAAGAUUUUUUUUUUCUUUUAUGAGCCACCUUAACAUUGGGGUAUGAUACAAUGUACAUUUAACAUGCCAUCAGUGUUUUGCUGUACUCACCAGCAGUUAAAAAUGGUGAGCAUUACUCUUAUAUAAUGUGAGGUUGAGAUCAGUACAAUGAAAGGGUGAGUAUUUCAUAUUAAGAAGAGUAAAUAUUUGAGAUCAUUGUAUCAUGGUUCAAACUCUAUCAACAGCUAAAGAGAGAAAAUGGCUCUCUAGCACUUAUUGAUUGUAAUACAGAUCUUAGAAUUCUAGGCAACUGUUUAGGUGACUAAAGGGUUUUAUUCUAAACCUGGAUUUACAAUAUAAAAUAUUCAUUAAUGAAUAAUGGAUAUAGUUAGCUGUGUCCUGCAAUGAGUAAUAAAAAUGAAAGUGUGCUGCGUUAAUACCAAUCUGAGCAAGAAGCACUUGUAAAAUGAUCAUGAUUGGUUAUUGGGUCUGCAUUGGAGACCAGAGGAUUAUCUAUUCUGACUCUUAUAUGGGCUCAGGUUAGGGGCUUGUAUGAUGUGUAUAUAUGCAAGUAUAAUAAAUAACUAGAAUUUUGACAAAAAAAACAAACAAAAAACCCCCCCACAAAGCAACAGAAUAUAGUUAUGGUUAAAUUAAUCACAAUUUAAAUCAAUAAAUACAUAUACUGGUGCUGAAUCCAGAAAGCUGAACAUGAUGAUUGCUCCUGAGUAUCUCAGUUCAAGUGUUUUAUGUUUAAUUCAAAAUUCACACUUCCUAUGAUGUCUGUUGUAAACGAUAAAGAGGCUAAAUUUCUAUAUUAUGCUAUUUUUAUAAAUAUGGCAUCCCUGGUGGAGAACAUUCUGGGUUCUGAAGUUUUGUAAAGGAUCACAUCAAUCCUAUCAAUAAAUGCUUUUUAAUGUUUUAUUUUUUUUAAUCUUUUGCUUUUUACUUUCCAACCUGCAUGUCUUCUCAUUAUUUGUCUGAUAUUCAGAACUUGGUCAUUGAUAAACUGACAUAGUUAUAUCACUCUUUAAAUGUAAAUAUUGUGGCUAUUCAUACUGUAUGUCAGUGAUUUUGUGUCAUUUCCUUUAGUAAAUAUAUCCUUAAUUAACAAGAGAAUCAUGCAAAUUGAAUAUUCUUCACUAUGGUGAGUCAAUAAUAAGAAACUGCCUCAUUUAAAAUGAGAUCAGCACAUGGUGGGAUUGUGAAAUCCUUCAUAAUGCAAUGUCUCUCAUCCCACGCAGUAUUAUCAGACAACUUCAGAAAGAUGCAGUUGAUAUAGCUCUGGCUAUGCAGUAGAAAUUAUAUGAUAAAUAUGAAUAUGCAUGUGGUGCAGUGUUGCUACCUCACAACUCCAGGGAUCUGGGUUUGAUCUUGAGCUUAGGCCCAGAAACCAUCAUCCAAAAACAUUCCAGUAGGUGAACUGGCUAUAUUAAACUGACCCUUAGUCAUGUCCUAUUUGGGGUGAGUUCUCACAGUGCUGCCAACAAAGGCACCACGCUGACCAGGAUAAUGUGGUUACUGAAAAAGAAUGAAUAAAUAUUGAGUAUUAACAUAUAACAUCAAUAUUGAAGCCUGAAAUCUCAAACAUAAAUGUACUGUAAAUUAGUAAUAUAAAUUUUUUCAUUAUAUUUUUUUUCUAGUUCGAUCUUGAAACCAAGUUAUUGUCUGUAUGGAAUUUCACAUUCUCCCAGUGUUUGUGUGGAUUUCCUUUAAGUUCUCUGGUUUCCUCCCACCGCUUAAAAUCAUGCCAGUAGGUGGAUUGGCUAAGUUAAAUUGCUCCUGGGUAUGAAUGUGAUAUGUGUGUGUGUGCGCGCGUAUACAUACUCUGCCUGUGCCUGGGGCCCCACUGCUCUUUUGCCCCCUUGAAUGUACUCAUAUCGACCUACACACACACAUAGACUGCACAAACCUGUUCAACUUUUAUAUGUCAGAUGAAGUUUCAAUUUUUUAUAUUUUAUUACUCUAAAUUUCUACAUAAGUUUCCUACAUAAUUUCCAACAGGCUUUCCACUAGAUUUUGGAGCGUGGCUGGGAUUUGUCCAUUCAGCCACAAGAGCAUUAGUGAGGCCAGGCACUGAUGUUGGGUGAGGACGCCUGGGGGGCCUCCUUCAUCCCAAAGAUGCUCAGUGUGUUUGAGGUCAGGGCUCUGUGCAGGCCACUCAAGUUCUUCCACUCCGACGUUUGCUUUGUGCACAGGGGCAUUGUCAUGUUGGAACAUGUUUGGGCCCUUUAUUUCCAGGGAAAGGAACUUGGAGUGCUCCAGAAUACAAAGAUGAUUGUGUGCUUCCAACUUUGUGGCAGCAGUUUGGGGAAGGCCUACAUUUGUUUGCGAUGGUCACAUGUCAACAAACUUGUGGAUGAGGACUAAGAGGUAUUGUAGUUUCAGAUUUUUUUUUAAUCGCCCACAAAGCAUCUCCUUUUGUCAAAUUCAACAGGAAACAGUGACAUUUUGAUAAUGUAGUGGUAGAAUGUAGUAUGCAGUACUCGUUCUCUCAUUCAUGUUACAGCUGGAACUAAUGUCCAAACCGGACUGUUAUAUGAAAAUAAUGUACAAAUUAGAUUUGAGAAUUUCUCCAUGCUGUGGUAUAGCAACAACGGUAUGUUUUUUAAUUGUUUAAUAACAACAUAAUUUUAAUCCAUUAUUGUGAAGCGUCAAGGCCCUGUGAAUGAGUUGUUACUAUAAAAGCGAUAAGAAGGAGCACAUUAAUGUACACCUGUGAUUUACAGUCAUUAACUCUCAGGAAUUUGUUUUACGCCAUCGCCCUUCUUUAUGCUGAUACGGCCAAAUUUGACCUAUUUGUUACUUUAUUUAUUAAUAAACCGGAGAAUCUUG